GAGAAACACUGAACUAGACAUUAUGACGCCAAUAACUUACUAGCAGCUGACAAAUGUUAGUCAGCUGACAAAAAGUACGCUAGCUAAUUAUCUGAGGGGAAAAUAUGGUUUCUUGUAAUCAAUUAGACAAAUUACACUCUCUGUAAGAAAAAUUCUAAAACAGUUUUUUACUUAUGUAUUUACAGUUAACAUUAAGUUACUUAAUUUUGCACUGUAGCAUAUCUAUUAUAAUACAGAGCCCCAAACUUCUAGCUACUUAAAAUUACCUUGCAUUUUCUCUAUAACACUGUCCUAUAUUUUACUUCAUGAUGUCCUGUGCUGCUGCAUUAUGUGUUGCACCAUGGUCCUAAAGAUUUGAUAGUGGCAGUAAAAACCCAAAUGACUUGGUGGGGUGGUUAAAUCUUGUGCCACACAGAAGCAAGUGACAAGCAGUCAAAUUUGGAUGGUAGUAUUCAGUAGAGCUAACACUGCUUUCUUACUACAACUAUGAGAAAAGCAAAUAAAAGCUAAAAAAAAAAAAUAACAAAACAGGAGUUUCUCCUGACGGCCAAUCCGAGCUCGAGGUGGAGAGACCUUACUUCCUUCACACACAGGCUCUCAAACUUUAAACAGCACAUGUGAACUUUCAGCAGUCAGUAGGACUCACCAAGCACCAUGAGAAGCUAUAUAAACAUCCAAACGACUCUCCUGAGUAUGCUUCUGUUUCAGAGCAUAAUUGCUACAGGAGGGGAAAGUACAGGUACAGAGCCAGGUGUUGUUGCCAAUCUCACUGUCUCUAGCAAAACCAUAUCAUCUGUGUCUCUAACCUGGAAUGAGCCACAUGGGAACUGGUCCUUCUUUAUAGUAACAUGGACUGAUGGCAGUGUGAAUAACAGCAGGAACACUUCAGACACGUCUUACACUGUCACUGGUCUGACUGCUGGAGUGAGCUACACAUUCACUGUUACUGCAGUUGCUGCAGAUAACCAAACUGCAGGAGCACCAGCUCAAAUCUCAGUAUUCACAAAGCCAGAUUCUGUCACCAGUCUCACUGCCUCUACCAAAACCACAUCAUCUGUGUCUCUAACCUGGAAUGAGCCACAUGGGAGCUGGUCCUACUUUACAGUAAAUUGGACUGGUGGCAGUGUGAAUAACAGCAGGAACACUUCAGACACGUCUUACACUGUCACUGAUCUGACUGCUGGAGUGAACUACACAUUCACUGUUACUGCAGUUGCUGCAGAUGGUGAAACUAGUGGAGAACCAACUCAAACCUCAGCAUUCACAAAGCCAGAUGCUGUCACCAGUCUCAUUGUCUCUAACAAAACCACAUCAUCUGUGUCUCUAACCUGGAAUGAGCCACAUGGGAGCUGGUCCUACUUCACAGUAACAUGGACAGUGUUGAAUGGCAGUGUGAAUAACAGCAGGAACACUUCAGACACGUCUUACACUGUCACUAGUCUGACUGCUGGAGUGAGCUACACAUUCACUGUUACUGCACUUGCUGCAGAUGGACAAACUGCAGGAGCCCCAACUCCAAUCUCAGCAUUCACAAAGCCAGAUGCUGUCACCAGUCUCACUGUCUCUAACAAAACCACAUCAUCUGUGUAUCUAACCUGGAAUGAGCCACAUGGGAACAGAUCCUACUUUACAGUAAAUUGGACUGAUGGCAGUGUGAAUAACAGCAAGAACACUUCAGACACGUCUUACACUGUCGCUGGUCUGACUGCUGGAGUGAGCUACACAUUCACUAUUACAGCAGUUGCUGCAGAUAAACAAACUGCAGGAGCACCAGCUCAAACCUCAACAUUCACAAAGCCAGGUGUUGUUGCCAAUCUCACUGUCUCUAACAAAACCACAUCAUCUGUGUCUAUAACUUGGAAUGAGCCAAAUGGGAACAGGUCCCACUUUACAGUAACAUGGACUGAUGGCAGUGUGAAUAACAAGAGUACCACUUCAGACACGUCUUACAAUGUCACUGGUCUGACUGCUGGAGUGAACUACACAUUCACUGUUACUGCAGUUGCUGCAGAUGGACAAACUGCAGAAGCCCCAACUCCAAUCUCAGCAUUCACAAGUCCAGAUGGUGACAUCAACCUCACUGUCUCUAACAAAACCACAUCAUCUGUGUCUCUAACCUGGAAUGAGCCACAUGGGAACUGGUCCUUCUUUACAGUAAAAUGGACUGAUGGCAGUGUGAAUAACAGCAGGAACACUUCAGACACGUCUUACACUGUCACUGGUCUGACUGCUGGAGUGAGCUACACAUUCACUGUUACUGCAGUUGCUGCAGAUGGUGAAACUAGAGGAGAACCAACUCAAACCUCAGCAUUCACAAAGCCAGAUGCUGUCACCAGUCUCACUGCCUCUAACGAAACCACAUCAUCUGUGUCUCUAACCUGGAAUGAGCCACAUGGGAACUGGUCCUACUUUACAGUAAAAUGGACUGAUGGCAGUGUGAAUAACAGCAGGAACACUUCAGACACGUCUUACACUGUCACUGGUCUGACUGCUGGAGUGAACUACACAUUCACUGUUACUGCAGUUGCUGCAGAUAAACAAACUGCAGGAGCACCAGCUCAAAUCUCAGCAUUCACAAAGCCAGAUGCUGUCACCAGUCUCACUGUCUCUAACAAAACCACAUCAUCUGUGUCUCUAACCUGGAAUGAGCCACAUGGGAACAGGUCCUUCUUUACAGUAAAAUGGACUGAUGGCAGUGUGAAUAACAGCAGGAACACUUCAGAUACGUCUUACAAUGUCACUGGUCUGACUGCUGGAGUGAGCUACACAUUCACUGUUACUGCAGUUGCUGCAGAUAACCAAACUGAAGGAGCACCAACUCCAAUCUCAGCAUUCACAAAGCCAGAUGCUGUCACCAGUCUCACUGUCUCUAACAAAACCACAUCAUCUGUGUCUCUAACCUGGAAUGAGCCACGUGGGAACAGGUCGUACUUUACAGUAAAAUGGACUGAUGGCAGUGUGAAUAACAGCAAGAACACUUCAGACACGUCUUACACUGUCACUGGUCUGACUGCUGGAGUGAGCUACACAUUCACUGUUACUGCAGUUGCUGCAGAUGGACAGACUGCAGGAGCCCCAACUCCAAUCUCAGCAUUCACAAAUCCAGGUGUUGUAACCAAUCUCACUAUCUCUAACAAAACCACAUCAUCCGUAUCUCUAACUUGGAAUGAGCCGCGUGGGAACAGGUCCUACUUUACAGUAAAAUGGACUGAUGGUAACAGCAGGAACACUUCAGACACGUCUUACACUGUCACUGGUCUGACUGCUGGAGUGAACUACACAUUCACUGUUACUGCAGUUGCUGCAGAUGGACAAACUGCAGGAGCCCCAACUCUAAUCUCAGCAUUCACAAAACCAGAUGUUGUCACCAGUCUCAUUGUCUCUACCAAAACCACAUCAUCUGUGUCUCUUACCUGGGAUGUGCCAAAUGGAGCCAGGUCCUACUUUAUAGUAAACUGGACUGAUGGCAGUGUGAAUAACAGCAGUACCACUUCAAACACGUCUUACACUGUCACUGGUCUGACUGCUGGAGUGAGCUAUACAUUCACUGUUACUGCAGUUGCUGCAGAUGGUGAAACUAGAGGAGAACCAACUCAGAUCUCAGCAUUCACAAAACCUGAUGUUGCUAGUGACCUGAAUGUGAUCGAAAUUACAACAAGCUCACUGUUUCUGAAUUGGACUGGACCAAGAGGAGAAAGAGCUUUCUUUAAAGUACAGUGGAGCAAUGACAGCAUCAGUUUGAGUUCAGCAACCUCAAACAAUUUCUUUGACAUUACUAAUCUCCAUCCUGGAGUCAAUUACACCAUCCUGAUAUCUGCUGUUGCUGCAGAUAAUAUAACAGAAGGAGAAGCACUUGGUGUUUCAGUCUAUACAAAGCCUGACACUGUUAGCAAUCUCACAGUAGUUAACGUUACAACCUCCUCUAUAUUACUGAACUGGACUGAGGCAAUGGGGAAAAUCUCCCAUUAUGUAAUCCAAUAUGAGAAUUUCAGUACGCCAAUGAAUACGUCUACUGAACGCACCAUGAUUGACAUAACUAAUCUGACUCCUGGAGUGCAGUACAUGUUCAAAGUGUUUGCAGUUGCUGCAGAUGAUAAAACAGAAGGAAAUUACAGCUGCAUUUCUGCCUACACAAAACCUGAUGUUGCUAGUGACCUGAAUGUGAUUGAAAUUACAACAAGCUCACUGUUUCUGAACUGGACUGGACCAAGAGGAGAAAGAGCUUUCUUUAAAGUACAGUGGAGCAAUGACAGCAUCAGUUUGAGUUCAGCAACCUCAAACAAUUUCUUUGACAUUACUAAUCUCCAUCCUGGAGUCAAUUACACCAUCCUGAUAUCUGCUGUUGCUGCAGAUAAUAUAACAGAAGGAGAAGCACUCGGUGUUUCAGUCUAUACAAGUAUGUUUCAGAGAAUUGUGUUCUCUUUUGAUGACAAAAGGAAAUUUUGA